ACAAAAAGAACCCCAAGAUCCGCCCAUCUUUUAUUCUUCAUCCUCUUCUUCUUCUUCUUCUUAUUUUUCUUCAAGCUUAAUUAUUCAAAGAGAUCAGAUCUCUCUCUCUCUCUCUCUCUGGCCGGAGAGGAAAUACCCGAUUCUUCAGUUCGAUUUCUCAGAAGAACUUGUUUCUGCAGGAGAAUGACAAUGAGAACUCCUGGAACCCCGGUGUCAAAGAUGGAGCGGACAACAUCCGCUGUGACACCGGCAGGAGGCCCGAGACCGAGGGAGGAAAAGAUCGUAGUUACAGUAAGGUUAAGGCCUCUGAACAAGAAGGAGGUUUCGGCUAAAGACCAAGUGGCAUGGGAGUGCAUUGAUGAUCACACUAUCGUGUACAAGCCGCCUUCUCAAGAACGUUCCCCUCAGUCCUCAUCAUUCACAUUUGAUAAAGUGUUUGGUCCAGAAACUUUGACAGAGUCGGUGUACGAGGAAGGCGUCAAGAACGUCGCAUUGUCUGCUUUGAUGGGCAUAAAUGCAACGAUUUUCGCCUAUGGCCAAACGAGCAGUGGGAAGACGUAUACUAUGCGAGGAAUUACCGAGAAAGCCGUCAAUGAUAUUUACAAUCACAUCAUGAAUACACCCGAACGAGACUUUACCAUCAAGAUUUCAGGUCUGGAAAUAUAUAACGAAAAUGUCCGGGACCUGCUAAAUUCAGAAUGUGGGCGCAACCUUAAGCUCCUGGACGACCCAGAGAAAGGUACCAUGGUUGAAAAACUGGUUGAAGAAACAACGAAUAACGAUCAACACUUGCGGCAUCUGAUUAGCAUUUGCGAAGCUCAAAGGCAAGUUGGCGAAACAGCUUUGAACGAUACGAGCUCUCGGUCGCACCAAAUAAUAAGACUGACGAUACAAAGCACGCUCCGUGAAAACUCUGACUGCGUGAGAUCCUAUGUCGCUAGCCUGAAUUUCGUAGAUUUAGCAGGAAGCGAAAGAGCGUCACAGACGCAGGCAGACGGAACUAGGCUUAGGGAAGGUUGCCAUAUUAAUCUGAGUUUGAUGACUCUUACAACUGUCAUCAGGAAACUAAGUGUGGGGAAAAGGAGCGGUCACAUACCUUACAGAGACUCGAAGCUUACUCGGAUAUUACAGCACUCGCUCGGAGGAAAUGCUCGAACAGCCAUCAUAUGUACCUUAAGUCCAGCUCUGACUCAUGUUGAACAAUCAAGAAACACUCUCUUCUUCGCCACCCGAGCAAAGGAAGUAACGAACAACGCGCAAGUAAACAUGGUUGUUUCGGAUAAGCAACUGGUGAAACACCUUCAGAAGGAAGUAGCUAGACUGGAGGCCGAGCUUCGGACCCCGGAUCCGUCUGGACAAAAGGAUUUGAAGAUCCAACAGAUGGAAAUGGAAAUUGAAGAACUUAGGAGACAUAGAGAUAAUGCACAAACCCAGCUUGAGGAUUUACGCAGAAAGAUUCAAGAAGACCAACAUCAAAUGGUCUCCAAUCACUUUGAAUCUCCAGACCCUUCAAUCAAGAAAUGCCUUUCUUACUCUGUUGCCUUGACACCAAACACCGGAAACAAAAUGCUAAACCGGAACGAGAGAGCAAGAAAAACCAUGAUUCGCCAAUCUAUGAGGCAAUCGUCCACUGCUCCCUUCACGCUGAUGCAUGAGAUCCGAAAACUCGAACACCUUCAAGAGCAGCUCGGAGAGGAAGCGAAGAAAGCACUUGAGGUACUACAGAAGGAAGUAACCUGCCAUAGAUUGGGAAACCAAGACGCAGCUCAGACGAUAGCUAAGCUUCAAGCCGAGAUAAGGGAAAUGCGUAGCGUUAAACCGGCGAUGCCUCAAGAUGUGGAAGUCGCAGAUGUCAUAGCUCCUAACAAGAGUGUAAGUGCCAACCUCAAGGAUGAGAUAACAAGACUCCACUCGCAAGGCUCCACCAUUGCCAACCUCGAGGAGCAACUGGAGAAUGUCCAGAAGUCUAUAGAUAAGUUGGUGAUGUCUCUUCCGGGCAAUAACAACGUUAUCCAAGCCAUUGCCGAGGAUGGAAUACUAAAGUCCAAGACUCAUCAUCAAUCAAAGAAGAAGAAGCUGCUUCCCCUGACACCAACUGGCCAGAAUUUCUUGAAAUCACCAUGCUCUCCACUGUCAGCUUCUAGGCAAGUCGUGGAUCCCGAUGCUGAGAACAGAGCUCCUCUCGAGAACAACAACAACUCCGCAACUAGAGAUAAUGCACAUGAAUCUGAGAAAGAGACUCCGAAAAAGGGCGAAGAAAGCGGAGAUGUCUCGUCCAGGGAAGGCACUCCAGGCUACAGGCGUUCAAGCUCAGUGAAAAUGAAGAAAAUGCAGCAGAUGUUCCAGACCGCUGCAGAGGAGAACGUGAGAAGCAUAAGGGCAUACGUAACAGAACUCAAAGAACGUGUUGCCAAACUGCAAUAUCAGAAACAGCUCCUCGUUUGUCAGGUGCUUGAGCUGGAAGCAAAUGAAGCAUCUGGGCACAACAUAGACGAACACGAGAACACGAUAGAGGAAGAGGAGACUCAGCAAGUGGCAUGGCACCUAAUGUUUAAGCAGCAAAGACAACAGAUUGUAGAGCUGUGGCAUGUCUGCCAUGUCUCCAUCAUCCACCGGACGCAGUUCUAUUUGUUGUUUAAAGGUGAUCAGGCUGACCAGAUAUACAUGGAAGUCGAGCUAAGACGGUUAACUUGGUUGGAACAGCAUCUCGCAGAAGUCGGUAAUGCAACACCAGCACGAAACGGCGAUGAACCCGCAGAAUCUCUAUCAUCAAGCAUUAGAGCAUUGAGAAGAGAGAGGGAGUUCUUAGCAAGGAGGGUGAACUCGCGACUGACGCCAGAGGAGAGAGAAGCAUUGUACGUCGAAUGGGACGUACCUCUCGAGGGAAAACAGAGGAAACUCCAGCUUGUGAACAAACUCUGGACUGACCCUUACGACACGAGGCACGUUGAAGAGAGCGCAGCCAUUGUAGCGAAGCUCAUGGGAUUCUGCGAAGGAGGGAACAACAUCCCGAAAGAGAUGUUUGAGCUCAAUUUUGCAGUUCCUUCUGACAAGAUCAGACCGUGGAAUAAUAUCGGGUGGGACAACAUCUCCAAUCUUCUUCAUCUGUGAUGACGCAUGUAUCUGCUGUUUCAUCUGUAAGUACACACACUCACUCUCUCAUGGCGUUUUUGUUUUUGUCUGCAUUCAGUUUGAUUGUGAAUCUUGUCGGAUGGAGUGCUUUCUCCAUAUCUUAUGUUUCUUUCGAAUCUUGUUCUCAAACAAGAACAAUGAGCGGGAAAGGAUCAAUGUCAAGAUUCAAUCUUGAUC